GAAUCCCGGAAAAACCCGGAAGGACACGUGAUUUAGAACAAAAACAAACUGACAUUUGUCAACAUUUCAAGUAUUUUCUAUAUCUUAUUAUAUAUAGUAAACAACUAUCACUAGUAUCAGAAGAUACCAGUAAGUAAACUCCUCUGUGUUCUUGAAAGAAAACAAAAGGAUAAAAUUGCACAAUGUCAUCUUCAAGUACAGAAGAAGAGUUGGUAGCUGUGCUCUAUACAGAACUGCUAAAAGAGAGGAAACCUUGCUACGCAUCAGAAAUAUGUGAUAGAGUGCCGGGGUUAAGGAGAAAACAGGAUGCAGUUGCCAGACUUUUGCAGAUAAUGUGUGAGAAUGGUAUGGCAGUCAACAUAAGGGGAAAAUAUAUCCUGAAGGAGAACUUGCCACCUGAGCCAGAUGAAAACUUGGCAUCUCUGACCUGUGAUGGUCCAGUUUAUGGUACAAUUUACCAAAGAGAAGGUACAAUGAGAACAGCUCCGGUACUAUCAUCUGUUGGAGCUGUUGUUCCAGUCCAACAGACAACAGUUCAAAGGUCAUCAUCUUCAGAUUUCUCUUGUGAUACUUCUGACCUUAUGGUCUAUACAGACAUUUUGACGAAAAUUACAGAUUUUCUGAAAGGUUGUUCAGGUGCUGUAAAAGCCAAGGAUAUAGCCCAGAGAACAGGGAUAGGUCAGUCGAGGUCUGAUGUCAAUAGAUACCUGUAUUUGUUAAAGAAUCACAAUAUUAUACAAGAUAACGGGAAAGCAGAAUGGACAUUGAUUCAAGAAGUAAAAGGUGAUGAUCUUCGAGUCUGUGCUGCCGAGUUGGCCAAAAUUCCUGGAGGUAAAUCAAAGGGAAAGGUGCCACAAUCAGGUUCUUCAAGCAGUUUGUGUGAUUGUCCAAACGCUGGUCCAGGAUGUGUACAUGUGACUAACAACUACCAGCAGAAUAUACACCACCAUCAUCAUAACAUACAAAUAGGAGAACGUAAUCAAAUGCUAGCAGGCCUACCUCCAGAUGGAGCACCACCUGGAGGGCAUCAACAGCAUUAACAAGGGGAAAAAGCCUGAAUGGAAAAAUUUGAUUUAAUUCCACCCAUUCCACUAAAUAAAAAGAAGAUAAUAAACAAUUCAUCUUGGGGCACCUCCUAUAAAAAGAGGUUCUGAAGUAUUGUGAAUGUGGUAGUGGCUGUGGAAUGGAAAAGCAGAAGGCAAAAAUAAACUGUUGUAAAAGACAGUAUGAAAUUUAACUCAAAACAAAUUGAUAACAUAAUUAAAGGAAUAUCCCUCCAUUGCCUCAUUCUGCUCUGUCAUACAGUAUGUGUAGUGCUAGAUACUGGUAGGCCCAUCAAAAUGGUAAUUUCUUGUAGCUUUGCCGAGGACUGCUUUACAGCCAAACGACACAAAACAUGAAUACAUGCAAAGGUUGUCAGGAAAUUUUUUACCCUGCUAAAAAAGAAGAAAUAUUUCUUCUUAAUUAUGCUCCCCUUCAAAGAAGGAGGGGUAUAUUGUUUUGCAGAUGUCAGUUGGUCGGUCUGUCGGUAUGUAGACCAAUCCGUUUCUGGAUGAUAACACAAGAACGCUUCAGCCUAGGAUCAUGAAAGUUGAUAGGGAGGUUCAUCAUCACCAGCAGAUGACCCCUAUUGAUUUUGAGGUCAGUAGGUCAAAGGUCAAGGUCACAGGGACCCGGAACAGUUAAAUGGCUACCGGAUGAUAACUCAAGAACGCUUGGGCAUAGGAUCAUGAAAGUUGAUAGGGAGGUUGGUCAUGACCAGCAGAUAACCCCUAUUGAUGUUGAGAUCAGUAUGUCAGAGGUCAAGGUCACAGUGACCCGGAUGUUAACUCAAGAACGCUUGGGCCUUGGAAUAUGAAAGUUGAUAGGGAGGUUGGUCAUGACCAGCAGAUGACCCCUUUUGAUUUUGAGGUCAGUAGGUCAAAGGUCAAGGUCACAUUGACCUGGAACAGUAAAACAGUUUCAGGAUGAUAUUUCAAGAAUGCUUGGGCCUAGGAUCAAGAAAAUUGAUAGGGAGGUUGGUCAUGAUGAGCAGAUGACCCCUAGUGAUUUUGAGGUCAUUAGGUCAAAGUUCAAGGUCACAUUGGCCAGGAACAGUUGAACUGUUUCCGAACAAUAACUCGAGAACGCUUGGGCCAAGGAUCAUGAAAGUUGAUAGAGAGGUUAAUCAUGACCAGCAGAUGACCCCUUUUGAUUUUGAGGUCAGUAGGAAAGUUAAACCGUUUCCAGACGAUUACUCGAGAACGCUUAGGCCUAGGAUCACGAAACUUGAUAGGGAGAUUGGUCAUGACCAGUAUAUGACCCCUUAUGAUUUUGAGGUCAGUAGGCCAAAGGGCAAGGUCACAUUGACCUGGAACACUUAAACUCUUUCCUGACAAUAACUUGAAAACGCUUGGGCCUAGGAUCCCGAAACUUAAUAGGGAGGUUGAUCAUUGUUUACAGUGAGCAAAUAAUUUUUGUUGUGGCAAUUACUGAAUGCAUCAAGGGGGGCAUUUCGUGUUCUACGAGCUCUAGUUAUAUUCUACUUAGAAAAUCCAAGACUUAAAAUGCUUUGUGAUGAACAGCUGUAGAAUAUUUGGUUUUAGGAUGGAAAAACUUCAUGUGAUAACUGCUUGAGGUCGAUAGGGGACACCUUUUGGGUCAGUGUAUAAAGGUCAAGUUAAAGUGACUUUAAUACUGAAAAAGGUUAGUUUAAACAUAUUUUAUUAUGCCCCCAAAGGGAGGCAUAUAGUUUUUGAACCGUCUGUCCGCAAUUUUCGUGUCCGGUCCAUAUCUUUGUCAUCCAUGGAUGGAUUUUCAACUAACUUGGCAUGAAUGUGUACCACAGUAAGACGACGUGUCGCGCGCAAGACCCAGGUCCGUAGCUCAGAGGUCAAGGUCACACUUAGACGUUAAAGGUCAUUUUUCAUGAUAGUGCAUUGAUGGGCGUGUCCGGUCCAUAUCUUUGUCAUCCAUGGAUGGAUUUUCAAGUAACUACGCAUAAAUGUGUGGCACAGUAAGAAGACGUGUUGCGCGCAAGACCCAGGCAGGUCUGUAGCUCAAAGGUCAUGGUCACACUUAGACGUUAAAGGUCAUAUUUCAUGAUAGUGCAUUGAUGGGCGUGUCCGGUCCAUAUCUUUGUCAUUCAUGCAUGGAUUUUAAAAUUAUUGGGCAUGAAUGUGUACCACAGUAAGACAACGUGUCGCGCGCAAGACCCAGGUCUGUAGCUCAAAGGUCAAGGUCACACUUAGACGUUAAAGGUCAUAUUUCAUGAUAGUGCAUUGAUGGGCGUGUCCGGUCCAUAUCUUUGUCAUUCAUGCAUGGAUUUUAAAAUUAUUGGGCAUGAAUGUGUACCACAGUAAGACGACGUGUCGCGCGCAAAACCCAGGUCUGUAGCUCAAAAGUCAAGGUCACACUUAGACGUUAAAGGUCAUAUUUCAUGAUAGUGCAGUGAUGGGCAUGUCCGGUCCAUAUCUUUGUCAUUCAUGCAUGGAUUUUAAAAUAACUACGCAUGAAUGUGUGGCACAGUAAGAUGACGUGUCGCGCACAAGACCCAGGUCCGUAGGUCAAAGGUCCUAAACUCUAACAUCGGCCAUAACUAUUCAUUCAAAGUGCCAUCAGGGGCAUGUGUCAUCCUAUGGAGACAGCUCUUGUUUGUCUAUAUACAACUAUAUAAAAAAAUUUGCACACAACAAAAAUGAAAAGGAUUAAGUUGAAAGCAAAUUAAUGCUUAUUGAAGCUCUUAAUAUUGGUAGAAAAUAUGGCAGGUUUCAAUUUAGUAAUAUAGUUGACGAAAUUUGGUUAUGCGUGUACUUGAUAGAAAGAAAAUAAGAUGUGCAAGAACAUUGAGUAUAAGAUGGUGAUGAGAGAAAUGAUGAUGUUACUAGUUAAAGAUUUUCAGUGCUUUUAUAUAUAGGUUGCUUCCUGUGAUGUGUACUUGAUUGUUAUUUAUUAUCACUGUAUUUAUGUUAUUGUUUUUGUGCCCUUGUAAAGAGUAAGCAUGACAGGUGCUUUAUCAUAAGUUUAAUUGAUUUGUAGGCAUUAAAGCAGCAUGCCUCCAGAUUUGGCUAAAAAAUAAUCGUUCUUUCAAAUUGAAGUUUGGUCAUAUUAUGAACAUUAGAAUAUGAAUUUUUGUUUCUAAAAGAUUUUAAAAGUUCCAAAUCAAGAAAAAAAUAUGACCGCGCCGGGAAUCGAACCCCGGACCACCGCGGCAAUAAAGACAUUUUCCCGUCAUCUUAACCAAUAGCGCUAUAGCUGAAGUAGUGAAUAAUGACUUCAAAAUAUAGAUAUUUAUAAUCGAGACAGCUAACCUGGAGUAAAAGCGUGACAAAACGCUUUUCGAUUUUCAUAGUAAAAAGUAGUAAAAACAGCAAAUUCUCAUGUGUUUCUGUAACAUAAAGUUUGUCAGUAAUUAAGUUUUAAAGCCUUCUUAAGAAAUAUACUAUUUAUUUCAAGAUAUCUAACAAAAAUUUAUUUAUGUUGUUGUCGAAUGAUCUGGAGGCAUGCUGCUUUAAAUGUUGACUUUGUGUUUUGUGUUUUACAAUACAUUGUACUUCAGAAUAUACUUAGAAAAUUCAGCAAAUAAAAAAGAUGGGGUCAUGUGGUUGACUUUUUGCUAAACUGGUUUGAAAGGUCUGGACCUCAUGUUUUUUUGUUGUUUUUUUUCAUAAUGGGAGUCUAUCAGAAAAUCACAACUUUCGUAACAUAUUCAUGUAUAGAAAUUUUUCUGCAAUGUAGAUUUUGAUGAAACUUCUCAAAGUCGUAAAUAAACGUAUGGCCUAUAAUGUGAUGAAAUAAAAUGUAUAGGCCCAUGUGCUUAUUUUUGAGAUAGUUGACCACAACUGAAUCCAGGCUUUAUUCUACAUUUUCCGGAUCAUCACUUCUGGUUUAUCAGUCAUGCAGAACUUGACUUUAAGCUUAGUUUAUGUUACCAGCUAUUUAUAUAAUAGCUUUAGUCCUCUAUCUUAUUAUAAGUAUAUUAGGAAAAGAUUGAAAUGUGUUUUACUUUCAUUGCUUUAGGUGUAUGAAAUCUAUUUAUCUAAUUCUGUUUAAUGAGUAAAUGAUGCUAAGACUUUCAUAUCUUCUGUAACUGCAAAAAUUCUAGCUUAUAAACUAAGUGAACAUUUGCCUAAAUGUUUCAUUUAUGAUCUGUCAGGAGAAUUCAGCAGAACAUUAACAACUUUACUGAAAAAUAGUCACUUAACUUUCAAUGUGUAAUAUUAUGUGUUUUUAUCUACAUGCAUCAUUUGACUGUUAAACAGUAACUUCCAAAGAGUAAAUAGUUUUACCCUACAUGUAUCAUUUGGCUGUUUGACAGCAACUUUCAAGUGGUAUGUGUUUUUUACCCACAUGUAUCAUUUGACUGUUUGGAUAUGUUUUUACCCAAAUGUAUCCUUUGACUGUUUAACAGUUACUUUCAAAGGGUAUGUGUUUUUACCCAAAUGUAUCAUUUGACUGUUUAACAGUUACUUUCAAAGGGUAUGUGUUUUACCCAAAUGUAUCAUUUGACUGUUUAACAGUUACUUUCAAAGGGUAUGUGUUUUUACCCACAUGUAUCAUUUGACUGUUUAACAGUUACUUUCAAAGGGUAUGUGUUUUUACCCACAUGUAUCAUUUGACUGUUUAACAGUUGCUUUCAAAGGGUAUGUGUUUUUACCCACAUGUAUCAUUUGACUGUUUAACAGUUACUUUCAAAGGUUAUGUGU